AUGAGCACUGUUAACUACUUCCGUCACGAGAACACUUCGAGCACUUUCGUCCUCUUGCACCUCCUGUAUUCCCUCUGUACGAUCAUGAUCCAUCGCCAGUACCUUCCAUUCGUUCCCAUCAACUGCCAAAAGCCGAGCGGUCCACUAGACGAGCCAACAUUUCCGCAAAACGCGGUCCCAUUUGGAUUCUGGGAGGAGAGUGCCAGCGAAGUGUUCAGAGCAGCAGAGACUGUUGUUUCUUUGAUCCGCUUGUCAGGUGGAAGUCUUCCACACUCGCCUCUCGUCGCGUUUGUCAUCUAUACAGCAUCAUUUGUGGCAAUUUAUGCUAAAUACUUUCCACACAUGGAUGCCCGGGGCUCGUUGUCCCGCAAUCUAGAACUGUUCAGCCAGGAUCCCGGGACUCCGUCGAGUAAUGUGUGUAGCAGUAACACCGCCAUCAUGCUUGACGCCCUGAAGAACAUGGCAAAGAAUUCAGGAGUGGCAGCAGCAUUCGUCGCAAGAUCUGGUGAAGUAGAUCAAUACUUUUCAGCCAUGGUCCAGGAUCACCAUCAUAAUCUCAGGCACCGUACUUCACCUCAACUGCCCACGGGCGUGAGGCUUGGUGUCCGCAUGGGAGGUGAUACUGGAGGCCUGGAAGAAUGGGUGGAAAAUUCCGACAGAAUGGUCAGCAAUAGCUCAAUCAUGAAGGACGGUUAUUCUAAACGAGAUCUCGACCGGACGCGCCUCGAGAAUCCGACUCUCGAGAAAACCACACAACAGGAUGUUUCCGCCCGGCCCAGCUUGCCUACCACGCUACUCGAAAUAUCUCCUCUCACGGCCUCAGACUCACGAAAUCAACAAUCUACACUGGCCACUGAGAAAGCGUCAGGCGCCGAGGAUCACAUGCAGCCUCCGCCAUUGAGUUUGGUACCCACACAGGUUACGAGCGAGGACCAAUCCGUUUUACCGGAAAGUACAUGCGCCGACGACUGGAGCUGGGCCUUCCUUCACGACAUGUACCUAGGGAGUGUUUCGUUCGAUUCGGAGGAUAUUUAG